AGGAGGAGCUGUGAGUCUUUGACCCGUUUCCCAAGAAAGAGUGAUGAGCAAGAAUCUGACCCGUAUAAAUUCAAUUCAAUUCAAUUCAAUUCGCACACAAUACAGCGAUUCAAAUCCGAAAAUCCCAAACGCAAACCCGAAAACCCAAACCCUAAUUCGAGGUAAUUUUUCGGUUUUUCCAAGGCCCAACGCAAAAGCACUUUUAGGAAAGCAAUGGGGAUAAUCAGAAGCAGCUUCUCGUUUCUAAUGGGCACAGUGUUCGGCGUCUACGUUGCCCAAAACUACGACGUUCCGAACAUCCAGAAGCUCUCCACCACCGGCCUUCUGAUCGCCAAACACAUCGAAGAGAACUACCGCAAGCCCAAGAAGAAGGAGGAGGACGACCACUAGAUCUCGCCCUGCUACGACGCCGUUAUCGAGUCAGGUAAUGUCUUCUGUGCAGCUGAAGUCAUCAUCUGAGAAUAUGCUUGGUAAUCCAAUAACAAAGCGAAAUAUGUAUCCUUAAGAUAUUCCCAAGCUUUAAAUGCUUCCAGCAAUUUUUCCUUCCAGUUAAAAGGGAUGAACAGCUUGAAAUCUGGCUAGGAAAGUUUUAAUUGUAGUCGACGACACCAAGGAACUUGCUUUUUAGUUAAUGCAACUGAUAAAUAUUUCUGUUUGCAUGUGCAGUUGAUUAUGGAUUGGGAGUUGUAAUAAUACAUUGUAGAAUCCAACGGAAUACAUAAUUAUUUUUUUUCUUGUCAAACGAUAGAUUUGGUUAGAUUAGAUGUUAGGUUAGGAGUCGACGGGGUUCGAACUCACGCCGUAAUGCAAGGGCUCAACACCUUUCCACCACUGUGCUAAGGGGCCGCUUGCCAACGGAAUACAUAAUUAGUGCAAUUUAGUUUUUCAUCUGUAAGGGUAAAUAAGAUGCAAUUCUAAUGGAAAAAAGAACCCCAAACAUAUUUAUUGGAUAAGCAUCCCAUGAAA